UGCGGGCAGGGCCAGGGAGGCGCAGAGGCCACGGCGGCGGGGACCGCUCUAGCUAGCGGCAGCCGAGGUCACCUGGCCGUCCAGCCUGCGCCCGCCCCCCACGGCCCCGGAGUCGGAGGCGACCCACUCCGGUGCGCGGCGGGGCCGCGGGGGCAGAGAACGAGCCUCCGCCUGGAGCCAGCUGGGGAGGCGUCCCGCGGGAAAAUGAGCGGCAGCAGCGCCAGGUCCAGCCACCUGUCCCAGCCGGUGGUGAAGAGCGUGUUGGUGUAUCGCAACGGGGACCCGUUCUUCGCGGGACGCCGCGUGGUCAUCCAUGAGAAGAAGGUGUCCAGCUUCGACGUCUUCCUGAAGGAGGUGACCGGCGGCGUCCAGGCGCCCUUCGGGGCGGUCAGGAACAUCUACACCCCGCGGACCGGCCACCGCAUCCGGAAGCUGGACCAGAUCGAGAGCGGGGGCAACUACGUGGCGGGGGGCCAGGAGGCCUUCAAGAAACUCAAUUACUUGGACAUAGGAGAAAUCAAGAAAAGACCAAUGGAAGUUGUUAAUACAGAGGUCAAACCAGUGACCCACAGCAGGAUCAACGUGUCCGCCCGCUUUAGGAAACCCCUGCAGGAGCCCUGCACCAUUUUCUUGAUUGCCAACGGGGACCUCAUAAGCCCAGCCUCUCGCCUCCUCAUCCCCAGGAAAGCCCUGAGUCAGUGGGACCAUGUGCUGCAAAUGGCCACAGAAAAAAUACCCCUCCGGAGCGGGGCUGUCCACAGACUCUAUACCUUAGAAGGGAAGCUGGUGGAGAGCGGGGCAGAGCUGGAGAAUGGGCAGUUCUACGUGGCUGUGGGCAGAGAUAGGUUUAAGAGGCUGCCGUACAGUGAGUUGCUCUUUGACAAGUCGGCGAUGCGAAGGCCCUAUGGUCAGAAAGCCUCUUCACUACCUCCUAUCGUAGGAUCCAGAAAGUCUAAAGGGAGUGGAAAUGAUCGCCAAUCUAAGUCGACAGUUGGGUCCAGUGACAACUCGUCUCCUCAGCCUCUGAAGAGAAAAGGGAAAAAAGAAGUCCCGAAUUCAGAGAAAUCAAGGAAGUCGAAACAAAAUGUCAAGUUGAAGAAUGCACAAGAAAUGCUGCCCGACAGUGAUGAAGGCAUUUUCAAAGCUGGAGAAGAGAGGUCUGAAAUGCGGGGGGCAGCAGAAGUCCAAGAAGAUGAAGACACUCGGGUCGAGAUCCCAGUGGAUCAGAGGCCAGCAGAGAUGGUCGAUGAGGAAGAAGAUGAGGAGAAAACCAACAAAGAUGCAGAACAGAAAGAAGACUUUUCAGAAAUGAAUGGCCAAGUGGAAGAUGAGGCCGGUGCGGGGGCUGUCGAUGUCCCUGAGCAAGUGGAGGAGGUCCCUGAGCAAGUGGAGGAGAUCCCAGAUCCCAGUGAGGAGAACACGGGUCCUGCUCGGGUAAAUGGAGGCACGGAUGAAGAAAAUGGCGAGGAACUGGACCAGGUUAAUGAGGAGCUCCAGACGGCAGUGGAGGAGGAAAGACAGUCUCCAGCAGGGGCGGGCAGUGGACAAGACGAGGCUGAUGUGGACCCUCAGAGGCCACCGAGGCCAGAAGUGAAGAUCACCAGUCCUCAGGAAAACGGGAGCAAUGAGCAGAGCAAGGACUACUCCGUGGUGGCAUAGAUGGUGACUAAGAGCAAGGACUUGGAGUAGGAGAACGAAGCCAUGACCCUGAGCAGUGAGCGCAUCGUUCUUGCUAAACCUGGUGAGGCAAGACGGUUGGACCCUCCCUGUGGAAUUUCACAAUCAGAGGCCUCAGCGGGAGACUGGAGGACUCUCAGUAGCUACUAAAAGAGAAUGGCAUGCUUUACGGCAUGUGUUUUUAUGUCACUUAGAAGAUUUGAAUAAGAGGGACAGAGAAGAAUCUGCCAAGGACAGUCGGCCACUUAUGUUUGUAAGGAUAGAAGGAUAGAAUCACUCCCAUUGCAUUCGUUAUUGUAAAUUUAGGAAUGACAGUAGUAGACGGCAGCUUGUUCUAAAGCAUUUAUCUAAGAAAGCAUAGAGCUUUAAAGAAUCGGUAAUAGGAAAACAUGUUAUUUUCUUAAAGCAAUAAACUUUUGAAUGAAAACAGUUGCAAUUUAGUUUCAGAGGUAACUUGGAGAUGGCAGGAGGUCAGCAUGUUUCCUUGGCUUGUUGACCUUCCUGUCUUUCCUCCUCUUAAGCCAGACUCUACUAGAAUGCAUCCAGGUAGAGUGCAAGGCAUCCGCUCUGGUAGGGGGAGCAUUCAUUGGGAGUGUCCCUGCUGCCCUGGGCACCAGGAAGGGCAGCCCUCAGGAAGGAGCCGGGAAGGAAGGACAACUCGUGCUGCCCAGCAAAUUCUGGAAAUCCUAUGGAUUUCCAUGGGUCCAGUCUACCUUUAACAAGGAUCCUUUCCUUCCCCCUCAUGUUACUGUGUUGGAAAACACAAAACUCGUUAUUCCUCAGAUGGAAUUCUUCCCAGAUUUUGGGUUCUCUCCUUUCUCUCUCUCUCUCUCUCUCUCUCUCUCUCUCUCUCUCUCUCUCUUUCUUCUCCUUUCUUUUUUCCCCUUCAAAAGUAAGACAAUGUAAUAGAAAGAAAAAUGUAGGCUAUAAGAAGAGUUUGUGGCCACCCAGUUUCACUUGCUUGUUGCUUUAUUCCUGUUAGCACUGUCUUGUGAUGGUUUUGCCCCUAGAGAUAUCAGCAAGUAUGUGUUUUCCAAGCUGAUUUUAUUUGGUUUAUUUUUGUCGGGGGGUGGUAGUGCGUGUUACUGGGGAUUGAACUCAGGGGCACCCAACCACUGAGCCACAUCCCCAGCCCUAUUUUGUAUUUUAUUUAGAGAUAGGGUCUCACUGAGUUGCUUAGCACCUAGCUUUUGCUGAGGCUGGCUUUGAAUUUGUGAUCCUCCUGCCUCAGCCUCCCGAGCUGCUGGGAUUACAAGCAUGCACCACUGUGCCUGGCUUAUUUAGUCUUUUAAACAGAUUCUUUACUAUGUGAUUAGAAGAUAUCAGAUUGAAAUAGGUGAAUUUUUUAAAAAAAAUCAUCAUAAUGGAAAUAGUGCCUGAUUACUACUUUGUGACUGAUUAAGUUAAUUUGUUUUCUCCUUGUGAGGUGGAUGUGAGGGUGUAAUUACAUUAGUUUGGUGAUCAUGAUUAGAGAUGAUGCCAGUCUUUCCUUAUGUAUAGAAAUAAUAUAUUUUUCUCAUUUUAAAGAAUAUAUUUUUUAAUUAUGUAGAAGUUGUGAAUUGGAAAUUUUAACUUGUAGAGCUUUUAUAAGAAUCAUUAUUAAUCAUAAAUUUAAAAGACUACCCGCCCACCCCCAGAUUUCAUAGCCAACCAUUUGGAAUCAGAAUAGUUGGCAGUUAUAUAAAGCACUUUGUAGUACUUGGAAAAUAGAUGUAUUUCUCCUAGUAGCUAUUUUAGUAUCUCCCACAAAUAGGAAGAAUGAGCAGAGAUUUAUAAUGUUACAGUAUUUCAGGGAGAUUACAAAGCACAGGAUAUAUUAAUCUGGGCAUGUGAAUUGAAAAUGGGGUGCAGUGUUUCUGGUGUAAAAUCUAGAUUGUUCUUCUCCUGGUAAAUGGACUCACCUUUUCAGGUGGGCAGUAUCAAGCGCUGUGGACCGAAGAAAGCUGAUCCACUUCUUCUGCGGCUGGGGAUGUGGAUCAGCUGGACUUUGGUUGCUCCAGACAACCGGGGCUUGCUCCAGGUUUAGUGACUUUAAACUUGAGGUUAAAUAUAAGAGGUUUUAACUAAGUCUCAGGAAGAUGUCUUCUCUUUCCUUUAUCAUUGAAGAAUUUCUCUUAUCUUCUUUAAUAAAAACAUUUCUCUUUUUUUUCUUCCUGUUCUUUUCUUCAUUAUACUAUGAAACUUAGGUUUAGGGAAUUCCUUAUGGGUCAUUUUACAUGAAAAAUAAAAUUUGGAGUUUUAAGCAUACUUCAAGAAGGUAUAGGUCACAAUAACUAUCAAAGCAUUUUAAAACAGGGACAUAUUCUUUUGUGUGGGCAUAUUUUAACACCCAUUGACAAGAUAAAACUGGGACCUACCAUGAAAGAAUGAAUAACAACUUACCACUUUAGACAAGUUUCAAACAUCAUACUUAAAACAAUAAAUAAAUGACAUAAGUCAUCUAACCAAGCAAGAAAUCACUCACAGAGAAUUAAAACUGUGGAUAUCACUUUGGAAAUACAUGACUUUAACAUAAAUGUUGAAAAUCUCUUCACCUCCCAAAUGUGGGAAGGUGGUCCCCAUGUCACGCUAGCUGUAUAAAUGAGCACUUUGUGGGGAAUUCGGGAUCAAUUAUGUGAGUGGAUGGAAGAGAUCUGGGUUAGGCUUCAUGUUUUGUCUUAUAGAGAGUCAGGGUGCUAUGAAAAACUAACAUUGCUUUUAUGUAAUAAACAAUAUGAUGCUUUGAGAUGUUGGUUCUUCAUGAUGCUGUAUAUUCAGAUUUCCUAGUUUUAAUGUCACUCAACUGCUAUCUUAAACUUAUUUGAAUUUUUAAGGCGCUUGUGAACAACUGGUUUGUUAGUAGAAUUGGAACAGGAGGGGGUUUGCAGAACAAAUACAUGUUUUGACUGAAGUCCUUCUCAGGCUAGGGCUAUUACCCGCUUAGCUUCUGUUAGAAUAGUGGCGGAGUGCCCAGGGACUCUAGUUUUAACAUACCAAACUAUGGCCGGAGAAAAAACUUUUACUCAUUAUUUUUUUCUCUGUGGCCAUAGAAUGACCUUUAAUUUAAGAAUUGUUUUCCUUCUUUGGGGGGAAGAGGCGGAGGACCCAUUGACUGCAGACCCACAAGGAGGAGCGUGACAUGAUCACACUUCCUGCUUCAUUCUCAAAGUGUCAAUUCUUGCCCUGGGUGUAGAGAAAAACCAUCCCACAUUCGUGGCUUAGAGCCCGUGGGCAUCUCUGGGUUCAGAGCUAUGAAGCCAUCAGAUAAAAUUAAGGUGCCAGGGCACAGCUCAUCAACCACUGUCCUCAGAAUUUCUGCUAGACAACCCAUCCUGUGCAUGAAGGAUGGAGUUCAUCCAGUUAGGAAAGAAACUGUGUAUCUAAAAUUGUGACUGCAGGACCCUAAGACGGCUCCUGUGUCUCAUGGGCUAAUUCUCCUCAGGAAUUAGCCCUACACUUUCAUUUUAUGAAGUUAAAAAAGGUUAAUCACUGAGCAGAGAACAUCACAUCUGAAUUGGUGCCAGUCUGAACAAAAAUAUAGUACGUGGAUGAAUAUCAAACGCUCAUAGAGACGCCCUGGCACACUUCGCAGCAGCAGGAGGGGCUCUCAACGCAGCGGGAUUCAGGCUGAGCCCCUUCUGUGUGAAACUGAGAGAAGCCAUGGGUACAGCGUGAGAGGAAAGGCUAAGAAAUGGUAGACACCAUAGUGCUGGUUCUUGGAGACUCGGAGGAAUUUAAUGUUUUUCUCAAAAUAAGAGAGUUACCAACAUUUUAGUGAAAAGUUUAUUCUAGGAUAAAAUGUUGUUAUUAUUAUUAUUUUUUAAAAUCACAGCAAAACCCAGACAUACAUAUCUCAUUUUCCUGUGGUGACCAGAGUAACAGUGCUUGCCAUCAGCUAAGGACCAUGUGCUCUGAGCGCAGAGCAUCGCACACCAACACGGGCUCUGUCAGAAGGUCGAUGACUGUUGGUGAUGGUGUGUGAUUUACCUGGGUCUGUCGAGGCCCCCAGGCAGCCACUAGCACCAGAAACAGACAGACAGACAGACUGACUGCUGUCCACUCGUUUCUGUGAUGUUAGGUUAGGGCAGAAGGUUUUGCUGUUCUUGUGUGUAAUGCAACAUCUUCCUGGAAGGGAUCCAUUUUUUUUUUUCCCCUUAAGGUUCUCUGUUUUUCUAAAGUGCUGAGCACAUGUAGUUCUUUGGUUUUGAAAAUCAUUUUUACAAAUAUAAUAAGAUCUUUACUUUAAAAAAAAAAUCCUGGUUUAUAGAUGGGUCUGAUUUUUGUUCUUCUCCCGUGAAAUUUGUAUAUUUCCUCCCAUGAAGUUUGAGUGACAGAUGGAGAAAGAAAAAGUGUUCCCCUGUGUCGGUGAGGAACAAAAUAUUGUUCUUGAUGAGGCAUAACAUCCUGUAGGAGAUGGGGAAUCAGAAACGCAUUUGUAAAUCAGGAGGUAGCUAAUGGAGCUCCACUGACUUCAGCCAGCAGGGCUGAGCUUCAGUCCACGGAUGGGACCAGGUAAUUCCCUGCAGUUCUAUCAGCUUGAACCCCAGAGCUUAACUGAAUGUUUUGGUUAUUGUCACAAAUGCAGUGACAUAAGGGAAAGGGAGCAAUUGUAGUCAGUAAGUACUAGAAGUGUGAAGAAAGCCUAUUGUGAUUUCUUGCUUCAACGUUCUUCUUGUGUCUUAAGUCUUUAACAUGUUCAAUAUUAAUGGGUGAUUGCUGACAUUGUAAAUAAAGGUUAAGUUGUAAAGGUCAAAGUUUCCGUAGGAUUUAUUAUGUUCUGAUUAUCUCUCUGUAAGGAAAAUUAUUUGUGUUUUGAUCAUAUUAUCAACAGUUAGUUUUUUAUUUCUGUGUCAGUACACACUCUAAAAUGCAAAAGUUUUAGUUGUGUCUUUUGAGUAAAUAGAUCUGCCUUUUAUAUAAUUAAAGUGUGUUUGGAUGGUUUAAGGUUUGCUUUAUGUUGUAUUGCUAACAUUUCAUGUAUUAAUCCUUUUUGUGGCAUUUUUCAUGAACCCAAUAGAAACAUUUCAACUUAUAUCAUGUACAAUUUAAGCACAAUAAAACAUACUAUGUUUCUAUUUAGCAUAGAUAUUAAACUUCAUUAUGUAGAACUUUUUAUAAUUUCAUAUACAUGUUGUUUAUUUUAUUAAAAAUCAUUUUUGUUUAUGGAAUGUUUUUACAGAAACACAGGUCCAGCAUUUUUGUGUUAAAUAAUGGUGUCCUUAGAAAUACAUAGUAGAUUACAUGACUACACACAUCUUGUAUCCACAAGUCCAUAGGGAUGUAUUCACAAUUUUACGGUUUGGAUAAAAUCCUGCUUCACCUGUGGGAUAUUGACUGCUUUUAUUCUGCUGAAUUAACAUAAUUUUGCUUUCUCCUCUGCAUUUGAAAACGACACCAUGGAAGCCCCCGGUACGUGUGAGCUGGAUCCCGUAACCGUGGAGAGCACACCUCUUUGGCACAUGACCUGUUUGUCUGUUAUUCCGCAAGAAUGAAAAGCAAACCCUGGGAUGGAAGGGGGCCUGCACGUUUGCCAGAGUCAAAUCUCUUUAGACUGCAUGGUCCGUGAACUCUAGAACCUUCCAUUACCAAGAAUGACUAAUUUCUACAAGAUAUUGUAAAAUUGUGGCGUGCAUUUGCUAUUUUAUACUUAUUUAUGAAAAUAAACAUGCAGCACUCUUGAAGGUU